CCCUGCCAGCUUCAGACUCGCUAUUUUGACAUGGAUGCCAGAUUUGAUCAAUAUAGUCAAUAGAGUUGUAUUUAAUAAUUGGUCGUUUGGAUCAUGCACCGCCUUCUCACAUAGCUGCUUGCGUUGAUCUGAGCUGGGCGCUAGUCAGGUCUGACGAAAAUGGCCUAAGUGCCAGACAAAUCUUUACUUCAAGUGUUUGAGCUAGUUGUCUGUGUGGACGCCAGACCCAUCGCAUGCAGUGCGCAUGAUCCAAGAACAACGCGCGAACUGUGUCGACACGUCGGUCUGUGGAGCUUGGCACGUCACAGAAUUUAGAGACGUGGGUUGAAGAAGUUGAUCUUCAGACCCUCAACCCCCCCAGCUUGGCCCCUUGGAACAUCUUGGAACCAACGCAGACGGGCUGGGCCCUUGGGAGUGGCUUGAUACAUCCUUCCCACUCAGCUGAGCUGACCGAUGGAGGGUGAGAAGGACGUGCUGGGGCAAAGGAUCCAUCGAUGUUCGGAUCAAUUGGCGUCGCCGAAUCAUGGGCCCUGGCGAAACAUGGGCCGAACGGGUUGGAAAGAAAGGGUACCAUAUAACACGAGUCACUCAUUGUGUAUUGGGUAUCUUCGGUGAUUCUUCAAUAGAUACGAGUGUUACUGGUCAAGUAUUUCAUUUAGAGCUGGAUGUUUGUUGAUGAACGCACGAGUUUCUAUGAAUUGCCAGACUCAGGAUCCUGCACUCUAGCCACCUAGUAUGUCAGCUGCUAGGCUUCAAGAUGCGAGUUCAGCGCAGGAAGAUAUUGCUCUCUUUUUCAGUUCUGGCUCAGAGAUGAACUGAAGCAUGCAGUGCUCAGUUCUGUGCUGCAAGCCAUGGCGGUGGUCGAGAAGGCCUUGGAGCCCGUGAGGGAUUGGAGACAGUUCAAAGCAUGGAUGGCUCUUCAACCUCCAAAGGAAAAAGUCACAGGAGAAGCCUCAGGUUACAGAAGCACGCUGGUCAUGGCAGGCUUAGCCGUCUGCGAUGAUGACAUCCCGCCGGCGUCACCAUCCCUGCACGAGUCCGCGCUGUACCAGCAGCCCGUCUCCCUUCAACUUCCAGCCUUAGACGAGACUCGCUUGAAGCUGGGGCGCGAUCGACUAUAUAUGGCCUCCAAGUAUGGAGGCUCUUUGCAAGCGAGCAUGGAGCGAGCGCGCUUCUUCGUGGAGCUUCCCGAGAGCCCACAGCAUCGCAAGUUUUGCUACGAAACCAAAGUGGAUACCAGCCGCAGUGAAAUUGCCAAGCAAGUGGCGCAGGAAGUGGAGGAGGCCAAGGAAGAAGAACGAAAGAUUGCAAGGCGAAAUUCUUUGAUGAAGAUCAAAGAAGGGGGCCUAAGCCCAUUGAUGAUGGCCCAGGAGACGGCGGACCCAUCAAGAAGAUAUCGGAUCGUUGAGAAGGUGAUCAAACGAAAUCGAAUGCCAGAAGACAUCCUCGAGGAAGUCUGGGAAAAGAUCGAAGAGGCUCCUGCAACGGUCUCCUCGAGAUCCAUUGCAUUGGUGCUGAUGCAAAGAGUGGUAGCUGCUUCGAAUUGCCCGGCGAGCCUCGAAGGGCCACUGUUUAACUUCAUCAGAAACAAGCACAAGGAGUUUGUGAAAGAGAGACCAGGCCUGUCAAUGAACCAGGAGAGCUUUGUGGAGUUCUGCCGCUUUUGCGGUGUACUGCUCGAGUACACCGAUCUGGAGAUCCCCACCAGGCGCUCGGCGACGCAGCCCAGGAAGUCUCCGGACUUCGGCUUUACCGACUGAGAGGCUCCCGCCCAAGAAGGCGGCGGCUCCGGAUUGGCGCGGGAUGGAUGGCGGGGCGACCGCGUGCUUGAAGAUCUCUGUGAGAGAAGCACUAGUAAAUAGAUGGUAACAGAAAAAUCAAAGGGCCGUAGCCAGAUGCUUAGGAUGCGAGCAAGGACCGUCUGAGACCUAAAAGGCCUCUCUGGGUGCCGUUCGCAGAAUGGAGAACUGCAUCCUUCCAAGAAGGAUGUGCCUCUAACUUUUUGCAAAUGAACAUUGCCCUGGAAUCGAAGAUUUCCAGACAACCGCCGUAUGACCCAAGUGGACCUGAAAAAGAG